UUAUAAUUGUUGAAAAGUUCGAUAAUAAAAUGGGUUGUGUUGUCUUGUCUGUGUUGAUUGUGUCUCCAAUAGAUCCACCGCUUGAAAGUUUUGACAGAAUCUGUGAGCCCUGAACUCUGUUUGAAGACUUCUGCAUCAGUCCAAUUUGACCCUCAAAGCAUGACAUCAUCACACACUCAAAAUGCAUUUACUUUCACACCCUCCUCGUUUUCUGUAUCUGAAACUUAAACAGUCUUCAUGAAUCAUGAUCAUCAUGACCACCCUAACCCUAACCCUUUUUGUUUUGGGUCCAUUGUCAAUGUCUUCUCUCAGUGGGGCUUCUCUGCAACACUUCACUUUCCACCUUCCACCAUCAUAUUCUAUAUUCUGUCUUUUUCUAUUUCUACUUUUUUUUUAAUUCUUUUGCAUACUUUUAGUAUCAAUGUAUGUGCUUUUCAAUGUCACAUUCAUUUUCACUCUUUAAGCCGCCUAUUUGUCCUAUUUCUAUACUAUGCAUUUAUUUCUUUUACUCGGUUUCCUUCUACAACACUCCUCUUCUUCUUCCUCUUCCUAUCACCAAUAAUAAUUAUACACUUUUAUUUUCUGUCUCUCAUUAAUGGGUAAAGCACCAUGUUGUGAUAAACAUGGUGUCAAAAGAGGAGCUUGGACUCCUGAAGAAGACCAAACCUUAGUUGACUAUAUCAACAACCAUGGCCAUGGAAGUUGGCGUACUCUCCCCAAACAUGCAGGUCUCCUACGAUGUGGUAAAAGUUGCAGGCUUCGAUGGAUAAACUAUCUUCGUCCUGGCAUCAAGCGUGGACCAUUUACUGAUGAAGAAGAAAGUACUAUUAUUCAACUUCAUGCCAUGCUUGGUAACAGGUGGGCUGCUAUAGCAUCCCAACUACAAGGAAGAACAGACAAUGAGAUUAAGAACUAUUGGAACACCCAUCUAAAGAAGCGCGUCCUUCGGUCUUUAGAGGCAAAACGGCCAUGUGUUAUGGCUGAUAGGAUUGUCCAGACUAAUUCUCCAUCUACGCGCCACAUGGUACAAUGGGAAAGUGCAAGGGUUGAGGCAGAGGCAAGGUUGUCAAUGGAUUCCACAUCACUUAAUUCAGCUUCUACAACUAAAACAUGCCCUGAUUACUUUCUUCAACUUUGGCAUUCUGAGGUUGGACAGUCGUUUCGCAAGAUCAAGGAAAAGGAAGGAGUAGUGUCUCAAAGCCAAGUCUCACAAGCAUCGUCUUCAAAAUUGGAGGAUUCAUGUUCAGAUGUCUCAUUGCAGGCAAAAAACACUGGAACACAGAGCCUGAAGGUGUCACCAAAGCUUGAAGGUAUUGACAUGAUUCAGGAACAAUCAACAAGUAGCUACAAACCAAAGCUUGAAGAUGAUAGAGCUUGGUCAGAUUCAGGCAAUUAUGAAUUUCUUGAUUCUUCUGAUUCUGCACUAAAGCAUCUUCUACAUAUGCCUGAUGAUAUAGGAUUCUUGGGACAGACUGAUAAUUUCCUGAAUCUCCUUGAUGGUAGAUACGACUAAGAUAGUCUAUUAACUGGUAGAAUAGUUAGUUUUCUUUGCCUUUUAUGAUAUCUUCAUUUUUGUAAAUGCAGCCACCAUGUAGAUGGCUUCCAAAAGUGAGGUCAGGUCCAUGUUUGUUUGCUGGUUGCUAGUUGGUUUAGAGGGGAAAAGGGAUGAUAGAGAAAUGGCUAGAGUUAAAGUUUGCCUACCACUUUAUGGCAGUACCAAAGAGCUAACAUUAAUGGAUUCACAGUUAAUGAUUUUGUUCAUGAACAA